AUAUUGUGGUAGGUUAACCUAGUAAACUCACACCCUGUUUAAGCGAUAAUACAGCUAUACUCUUGAGAUUGCGUUUUGACAUUCUUUAGAUGGCAUCCUCUAGUUCCUCUACUGCUCCAGUGAGGAAGAAGAAGCACGAUGUUUUCGUCAGUUUCAGAGGUGAGGACACUCGCACCUCAUUUACCCUUUUUCUACUUGGAGAACUAUGGAGGAAAGGUAUUCAAUAUUUUGAUGAUGAGAAACUUAUUAGAGGAGAAGAAAUUUCUCCUUCUCUUUCUCAAGCAAUUGAAGAAUCAAUUAUUUCGAUCAUCGUUUUCUCUGAAGGUUAUGCAUCUUCAAGAUGGUGUCUUGAAGAACUGGAAAAGAUCAUUGAAUGCAAAAAAACAUAUACUCAGAUAGUAUUACCAGUUUUCUUUCGCGUAGAUCCAUCACAUAUAAGGAAUCAAACGGGUGCUUACGGGGAUGGAUUUGCUAAACCUGUAAAAAGUUAUAACAAAGAGAAGUUAGAGAAGCUACAAAUGACGGAAGAAGAAUUUAAAGAUAAGGUGGAGAGAUGGAAGAAGGCUAUGAUACAAGCAGCCAAUCUAGCUGGCUACUGCUUCAGUUCAGAGCGCAAGUAUCCAGAUUCGCUUUCAGAGAAAAUUGUCAAAGAUAUUAUGGAGAUCUUGAGGUGGAUGUCAGCUCCAGUUGCAAAAACGGGCUUGGUUGGAACAGAACCAAUUGUUGAAUACAUAAUUAAAUUUUUACUGCACUUGGAUGACUUCAACAAUGUUCAUACUAUAGGAAUUUUGGGAAUGGGUGGUAUAGGUAAGACAACUAUUACAGAAGCUCUAUUCAACAAUAUUAAGAGUCAGUUUCAUGCUUCUUACUUCGCUCGAGAUGUAAGGGAAAAGUCAAGCAAUAAUUAUACAUUAACUCUCUUACGACGAGAACUUCUUUCUACAAUCCUAGAGGAUCAGAAUUCCAAUAUAGAUUUCAACUUCACAAAAGAACGGCUAGGCCGUAAAAGAGUUCUCAUUGUUUUUGAUGAUGUUAUGAAAUCUACUGAAAUAGAAUCGUUGAUUGGAGAUCUGAAUUGGUUGGGUGGAGGAAGUCGAAUUAUUAUUACAACAAGAGAUAAACAAGUUCUAAAAAAUUGUGGUGUGGAUGAACAUGGUAUAUACAAGAUUGGGGGAUUAUCUCCUUGUAAUGCUCUCCAGCUUUUUUGUACACAUGCUUUUCGAAACAAUUGUCCGAAAAUAGAUUAUUCUGACCUAUCGCUUUGGUUUGUUAAUUAUUCAAAAGGCGUUCCAUUAGCUCUUAAAGUGUUGGGUUGCUAUUUAUUUGAUAGGCCAAAAGAGUUUUGGGAAGGUGCAAUAAAGAAACUAGAGAGAGUUCCUCACAAGGACAUUUAUGAAGUUUUAAAAUUAAGUUUUGAUGGACUCGAUGAGAAUGAGAAGGAUAUAUUUCUAGACAUUGCAUGUUUCCUAAAGGGGGAGAGUAAAAAUUUUGCAGAAGAAUUCUUCGAUGCCUGCAACUUCCACCCAAAAGUUGCAAUAACUAUUCUUGUAGACAAGUGUCUUGUUAUUGAAACUGAUGACAACAAGAUUACAAUGCAUGAUUUACUUCAAGAAAUGGGUCGGAAAAUUGUACAAGAUGCAUCAAUGAAUGAUCUUGGUCGAUACAGUCGUCUAUGGCAUCAUGAAGAUAUACAACAUGUAUUAGAGGCAAAUAUGGGUGCUAAAAAAAUCCAAGGCAUAUGUUUGGACAUGUCUAAAUUGAGAGAGAUCAUAAACUUGCAACCUCGUGCCCUCGCCAAGAUGCAUCAAUUGAGAUUCUUUAAACUAUAUAAUUUGUUACAUUAUGAAGAGAAUAACAUCAACAAGGUGCAUGUUUCUGAAUGCCUCAAUUCCAUUUCCGUUCAGCUAAGAUACCUUUGUUGGGAUGGAUGUCCGUUGAAAUCAUUGAAGUCAAAUUUUCGUUUAAAGAACCUUGUUGCACUUAACAUGCGUUAUAGCAAUGUCGAACAACUUCCGUCUGAUGACCAGCUUUGGAAGUUGAAACAUAUUGACCUCAGUUAUUCCAGGCAUCUAAAAGUUCAAGAUCUCUCAUUGACUCCAAAUGUUGCGUGUUUAAUUUUAGAAGGUUGUACAAGUAUGGUUGAACUUUCCUCGACAGUACUAAAGUCUCUUCCUAAGCUUAUUAUCUUAAAUCUAAAGUAUUGCAAAAGCCUUCAUACUCUUCCAACGUGCAUUUGUUUGGAAUCUCUGAAAAAAAUUAUCCUUUCCUGUUGCUCAAGUCUUAAGACAUAUGAUCCGGAGAUGGCACGUAAUAUAGAAGAGUUAUAUUUAGAUGAAACUGCAAUAAAAGAGUUGCCUCCAACAAUAACGAAUCUAUCCAAACUUGUUACAUUGAAUCUUAAGAAUUGUUCAAUGCUUAGAAGUCUCCCAAGUGAAAUCUUCAAGUUGAAAUCUCUUGAACAUCUCAAUCUAUCUGGGUGUUCAAAACUUGAAGGAUUGUUGGACGACUUAGGGCUUCUUGAAGCAGAGGACAACUUUGGACAUUUUGAAGAAGAAGAGGACAACUUAGGGCAUUUUGAAGCAGAGGAGGACAACUUAGGGCAUUGUGUAGUAGAGGAGGACUACUUAGGACAUUGUGUAGUAAAGGAGGACAACUUAGGACAUUCUGAAGCAGACGAGGAGAACUUAAGACAUUCUGAAGCAGAGGAGGACAACUUCGGGAAUUCUGAAGCAGAGGAGGAAAACUUAAGACAUUCUGAAGCGGAGGAGGAGAGCGUAGGGCAUCCUGGACCAGAGGACAGCUUACGGCAUUCUGAAUUAGAGGAGGACAACUUAGGGCAUUCUGAAUUGGAAGCUUUCAAGGUGCUUAAAGCAGAGAGAAUUGGAAAAAUUGUAGUACCAUCAUCCAUUGUACAUUCGAGACGUUUGAUGGAACUAAGUUUGACCAACUGUUGUAUCAAGGAAUUACCCAACGAUUUUGGUCAGUUAUCCUCACUAGAAAGUUUACUUCUUGGCAGAAACUAUUUUGAGAGCAUUCCAACAAGCAUCAUAAACCUUUCUAAGUUAUAUUAUCUUGACUUGAGCUUUUGUGAGAGGCUUAAAUCCUUACCAAAACUUCCUCAUGAAUUAAAAGGUAUUGAUGCACACAAUUGUACAUCAUUAAAAGAAGUAUCAAAUUUACCUCGCCUUUUAUGUGAUCUUGAAUGCUUGGAUGCAUACGGUUGGACAGCAGAUAAAGUAUCAUCAAGUUUGUCAACAAGAUUUCCCAAAACUGUCUUGGGAAACGUGAGAGUUAACUUUAGCAAUUGCUACAGGAUGGAUCAAAAUGUACUCGAAGAAGUUGUGGCAGAUGCUAUGCUGAUCCACUCUAAGAGAUAUUUUCCACAUCUGAGUGCUAGUAUCUGUUUUUCUGGAAUUGAAAUUCCCAAUUGGUUCAACUUUCAAAGUGAGGGAUCUUCUGUAACUCACUUAGAAGAAUCAGCGCGGUACGGACCGUACGGUAGUAAAAUUUGUCGUUUUGCUGUGUGCGCUAUUGUAGAGUUUCAAAACUACCAUAACGAGGGGCAAGGUUUGGUGGUUGGCUAUGACUACAAGUUCAGAAGCCUUCGUCGUAAUUGGACUGAAGUACGGCACCGUGGUGCUUUAAAGGGUUGGGACUAUGGCACUGGACCUGAAUUCGUGGACUCGCAUCACGUUUUCCUGGGUUUUGAUUUUCGUCCACAUUCACGAAAAAAUAGAUCUUACCUCAACAUUAUAGGUGUUACCAUCCAAUUUUAUGUUGAGGAUUUAAAUGCCAAACGCAUAGGUUGUUGCAACGUGAAAAAGUGUGGGGCAUAUUUUAUUUAUGAUGGGGAAAGGAUUCCAAUUAAAGUGACACCGCCAUUUGAUAAGAAGGUUGAUAAAGAGAAAGAGAAGGAGAAGGAGAAAGAGGAAACACACAGCAAGAGAUUGAAAAUUUCAUAUUCCUUUAAAGGCGAAUCCAGCUCAAGGUAAGUAAUAAAACGCCUCAUAUUAUGGUAUCUUAUAUAUGUUCCUAUAUGUUUGGUUAAUUUUUACGACUUAAAUUUUAGUUUCAUAUUGGUGAGUUCACUGUCUCAACCUAGCACAUCAUUUUGUUAAUUAAGUCUUAUGCUUAUCAUUGAUUCUAAAUGUGUUUCUUUUGGGUCUCUGUACAUCAUGUGUGCGUUUGUGGUCAACUUACUACUUGUUCUAGCUUGCAAUUUGGUCCAAAGAUAGUUAUGGAAAAUAUUUUUGAUUUC